UUUUUAGUCUUCUAGAACCAAACCCUCCUACAGCUCAAUUGGCUUUUUUUUAUACUCCAACUACCACGAAGGCCUAAGGCCUAAACACCCACUGGGUACCGUGGGGCUAUAGGGGGAUACAGGGGAAAGGGGGAACGCCACACGGACUCUGGCGAGGGAACACGUGUGCAUGCAACAUGCACACAUUCUGGCUCCGCCUACGAGAUCCGCUGGGUGGUACCUCCACGUUCGACAGUCAGAGACCGUCUAUUACCUACGGACAAUCACAGCAUCCAUAGCCAAGAGAAAAAGCGCACGGCGACUGAUCAGGAGCUGGCGCUUAUAUUAAGGAUGCC